GAGACCUUAUAGGUAAAUGUUGUCUGGUCUACAUGGACGACAUUAUCGUUUUUUCGACUUCUUUUCAAGAACACAUCGAAAAUCUUGAAAAGAUAUUUAAAGCAUUGGAGAAAGUAAAUUUGAAAAUUCAGCUCGAUAAGAGCGAAUUCUUGAAAAAAGAGGUUGAGUUCUUAGAUCACGUUGUUACAGACCAAGGAGUCAAACCCAAUCCGAAUAAAUUAACAGCAAUACAAAACUGGCCGAUACCCAAGAACCAAAAAGAACUAAAAGGUUUUCUUGGAAUUUUGGGCUAUUAUAGACGCUUCAUCCGAGACUUUGCAAAAAUAACAAAACCCCUUACUGCGCAACUGCGAAAUGGAGAACACGUUGAGCACACUCCGCAGUUUCUAAAAACAUACCACUUGUGUAAGACACUUCUAACGAGCAGCGACAUACUGCAAUAUCCAGACUUUGAACGUCCAUUUAUUUUAACUACCGACGCAAGCAACUUUGCAUUAGGUGCGGUUCUCUCUCAAGGAUCCAUUGGCAGGAACCGACCAGUCGCGUUCGCGUCACGAACAUUAACUAAGUCCGAGGAAAACUACUCGGCUAUCGAAAAAGAGUUGCAGGCAAUUGUAUGGGCAACUAAAUACUUCCGACCCUAUCUAUUUGGAAGGAAGUUUACGCUCUAUACCAAUCACCAACCACUAACGUACAUGUUCUCUAAUCAAAUCAUUCUAAAAUACGGAGAUAGUGAUUCGGAAGCCUAUGAAGAAAUCUUUCCCCGAACCUUUCGCCGAACGAUCACCAAAGUAGCUUUUGGCAUCCCCGUAUUGAUAAGAAUAUUUCGAGAAUGUAUGGACUUGAGAAGGAAUAAUGGUUUGAUGUGUCCAGAGAGCCUAAUACCGACCGUACAAGUAGUAUACUAAAUCUACUUUAGCCGUUGCAAAACUUUCAGGAUUAAAAUUUCACAGAAACUGUUGAUCGACAUUACAGAGGAACCCGAACAAGACCUUCUCAUAGAACAAACUCAUGAAAUCGCCCACAGAGGUAUAAAAGAAAAUAAAGAGGAGAUUCUUAGACGGUAUUAUUUCCCGAACGUAAAACGAAAAGUCAGAAAAUACAUCAUACUUUGCGAUAUUUGUAACAAAAUGAAGUGCGAACGGAAACCUUAUAAGAUAAUUCAUGACGAAACUCCCAUACCCAAAACACCAUUAGUCAUAAUUCACGUGGAUAUCUUCAUCUCCCAACCGUACAUAUUUCUCUCAACCGUCGACAAACUGACAAGGUUUGAAACACUCAUUCCAAAUAAGUCAAGAUCGAUUCCCGAUGUCAGGAAAGCUCUUAUAAAAUACUUUUCCCUCUACGGUUCACCGAAGCUGAUUGUAUCGGACAAUGAACCUGCAAUCAAAUCUAUAGAGGUUAGAGGAAUGCUAACAGACCUGAACAUUCAACAGUAUUUUGUACCCACUAAUCGCAGUGAAACUAAUGGUAUUGUGGAACGCUUUCACUCCACCAUUAGUGAAAUUUUCAGAUGCAACAAACACAAAUUUCCAAAUCUCACUAAGAAAGAAAUGUACCUUAUCGCAUGCACCCUCUAUAACAACACUGUUCAUACAGCAAUAAAAUUGAAACCGAGGGAACUGUUCUAUGUUGUACGAGACGGCGAAGAGAGACCAAAAAGUCACUGUAACUGAAGACCAAAUAGAGAGUUACCGCGACGACGACGAAAGAAAACUUCAUAAGACUAAGAUGCGAAGAAUUCUGAACUAAUACAUCUCUAUUUCUUUACAGGAUUUCACCAUGAUGGACACCUUGAUACUCUCAAUCAUUCUAACAAAACUUCUUAUAAUUUCAGGAAACCAAAAUUUUAUGCAAAUUCAUGAUUUAAACAACAACCCAGGUUUGUUGGCAUUGAAUAUAGGAUAUGGCUUUUUACAAAUCGGCGAGCACAAAAUCUUUCAUGUCAUCAACCUUGACACGUAUGAACCGAUUUUUAAAAGGCUUGGCAUUAUAAUAAACGGGCUGAAAUCAAUUGAUGAAUUUCAGGACACAGUAGAAUCACUGGACAUGAAAUACAAGAAUGCCCAUGAAAUAUAUGCCGAAUUACUACCUAGAAACAGCAGAAAACGAGGAAUAUUGAACUUCAUUGGAACCGGAAUUAAGCAAAUAACUGGAAACCUAGAUAACGAUGACUUAACUCUUUUAAAUAACGAUAUCAAUCAAUUGCAGAUAGACAAUAAAAUGCUAAUUAUCCAAAACAAUGAGCAGGUAAAGAUUAAUAUUCAGUUUCAGGACAGGAUAAAUACUCUUAUCAAAGAAUUUAAUAAACAGCAAGACGAAAUAACCAAAGGCAUAAUAGCUGCUAGAACUAACUCCAGUAAUAGAAACUUUAACUUCUUCAAAGAAAUAUUCAAGCUCAAUUUAAAUCUAGAUCGCCUGUUGUUACACCUUCGAGACAUUCAUGAAACCAUCCAAUUAGCUAGACUCAAUAUUAUUUCAGAAAGAAUUCUUUCAUUAGAAGAACUAAAUUUCGCAAACACAAAAUUAGAGGAACAAGGUGUAGGAAUCGUAAACAUCGAAAAGUAUUUACGAGUUUUUAGGCUUGAAAGCAUUAUUCUACCAAUCAAAGUUAAUAUUUAUUAUUAUAGUCCCUUUCAUAGAAAAAUCAGCAUACUUCCAUAUUUUAGUAGAUUCAGUACCAGUAGGGAAUGCAACGUUAAAAUUACCCAGUCGUGAAGUUAUAACCAACGAGAUAAACACCUACUUCAUCACCGAUCGCUGCCAACCCAUCAAUACGCAAAUUAUAUGCAAACUCGACAACCUCCUCAAAGUAUCUGACGACAAAUGUUUUUCUAAAUUACUGAAAGGAUCACCAGGCAAUUGUCAAUUCGAAUCCCACACAACCAACACUGAAGUAAGAAUGCUAACAAGUAACCACGUCAUUUUGAAAAGUGUGACCAAUAUUACCUUAGACACAACAUGCAAUGUGCCAAAGAGAAAUCUAACCGGCACCUAUUUGCUAGAAUUACACAACUGCACCUUUUACGUCAAUGGCACUAUAUUUGCUAACUCUGAAAUCACUAUACAAGAAUCACCCACAAUUAUUCCAUUGAAUGGGUUGAUAAUCGAAAAGCAAAAGGUCGAAACCCCACUGAAGUUGGAGGAAGUACACAUUGCCAAUAGACGAAAAAUGGAACUCAUCUCACACUAUAAGACACAGACGUACACAUCUAUAAGCAUUUCUAGCUUGAAUACCAUUUAGGCUCAAUCUGCCUUAUCUAUUUAAUAAGAAAAAAGCAUGUGAAUGUAAAAAUCUCUCAAAAUUUAACCGACCACCAUAUUUUGCCGUUCAUCGCGAUUUGGAGCUUUCUGCACUUUUUACGUAGGUAUGUACGUUCUGAAUGAAAGACUGGACGGACAUCCAUAACCGAAGCAUGGGAUUCCGCUAAAACGCUUUCACUACACGCUUGCGAUCAUGAUCACUAAUAGAACAUACAUUCUGAUCCCAUUUCUCUUUCCGUUCGAUGCUCAGAGUUUGGUAAUAACAUUUAAUCAUACGACUCACCGCUGACUGCACGAUUCCGAGUUGUUUUUCGUUGUCCCGACGAGAGAGUCAUUGAUUUUCCAAGUGCUUGCGGAAUUCGCCACGUUGCUUUUCGGGUGAAGCCAUUUUUUCCAAUUUUUGAAAAACUAGCAGCGAUAGUAAUGCAGUGUAAAUACUAAGCUCUAAACUACUAACCAAAUUUUCAAGAGACUCAAUGGGUCAUUUCUAUAAUGUUUUCUCAGCGAUACAAUUUGAUGUGGAACACUCUUUAUACACACGCACACGCAGACAUUUGCCGAGCUCGCCGAACAGAGUUGAAUGGUAUAAGAGACUCAGCCCUCCGGACCUAGGAUAAAAAGUGGAUUUUCAGAGUGAUUGCAUAGCCUAUAGAAAUGAAAGGCCAAAAUUGAAAAUCCAUUCUACCUUCCAUUCAGCAAGUAGCGAACAGAUUGAAAAUUCUAUACCCUGUCACUUCAAGACCAUCUGAUUCCUGACUUGUUGGUCAAUUAUUUAUCAUAUAACAUAAACAGGGUUGUUUUUCCACUCUUUCACUGUUAUGCUCCUUUUCCGUCACGUGCUAAUCUCCGGUGAAAAUCACAAUACCACAAUCUAACAAGCUCGAACGCUUUGACGAAUGCGAUACGUAAUGGCGCAAUUUAAUCAAAACGACUUCAAAAAGUAUCGAAUCGAGACACUCGAAUCAUGAUGUGGAAUCCCACUACAGUGCAAGAAACUACAAUGUGCACAUCAAUCGAAAAACCCGUUAAUAUAUAGAAUAUAGCUUUUUUCUUUUGCUGAGAAUGUUUUAAAAAUUUCCUUGACAACAGGAUGCUAGAUUGGGAAAAUUUGGUGUGGAUGCCCAUAUUAGACAUGAAGGAGAAACUGCAUGUGCUGUG